AUGCUAACACAUUUCAGGUACAGCAAAGGCCUGGAGUAUCAGGAUGCGCCGAUUUUCAACGCCAGUGCAGUCGAACAGCCGGCCUGGAUGAUCUACUGUAAUGGGCCACGGAUGCACGAGUUCCUUCGUGAAAUGAACGAGACAGUUCUAGACAAGUACGAUGCAAUGACAGUGGGCGAGCUACCACACACUCCUGAUCCCAAACAAGUCCUUGAGUAUGUGGGGCUCUCAGACAGACAGCUCAACAUGGUCUUCCAGUUCGAUAUCGUGGAUGUUGGGCAAGGCCUCUCGUAUAAGUACCAAUUCAAGGAGUGGAAGCUACCUCUGCUAAAAGGCAUCAUCUCGAAGUGGCAGCAGUUCAUCGAUGGUACCGACGGAUGGACGACCGCCUUCUGCGAGAAUCACGAUCAAGGACGUUCUGUCUCACGAUAUGCAUCUGACGCACCAGAAUAUAGAGUCAAAUCGGCUAAGAUGUUGUCUAUGAUGAUGUGUGCUCUUACUGGUACACUUUUCAUCUACCAAGGGCAAGAGAUUGGCAUGAUUAAUGUACCGAAGAACUGGGGAAUUGAAGAAUAUAAGGACAUCGAGUCUCUAAACUUCUACAAUUCUAUUGCAGCUUCGACCAACAACGACAAGGAGGCGCUGGACUAUGUGAUGAAGAGCAUCCAAAUUCUCGGCAGAGACAACGCCCGCAUACCCAUGCAAUGGGACUCUUCACCCUAUGCCGGCUUCACCAGCUCCAAGGACGGUGCCUGGAUGCGAGUUCACGAUCUCUACCCUGAGAUUAACGUGGCCAAACAGCAGAGCGAACCGGACUCGGUGCUGAACUUCUGGAAAAACAUGAUCAAGUUCCGCAAGGAGAACGGCGACAUUUUCAUCUAUGGCUCGUUCGACAUUUUUGAGCCAGAUAACGAGCAGACUUUUGUCUUCGCAAAGAAACACGGAAACAAGAAGGCGUUGAUUGCACUCAACUUCACCAACGAGGAGCAGACAGUAACUCUUCCCGAACCAGGCUAUGUUUUCAAGGUUGGAAAUUACGAUGCUGGGGAGAAAUCUGAAAUGCCGUCAAGCGAGACAGGAUUAAGUCGCGUCUUGCGUCCAUGGGAGGGAAACCUGUAUAUGCUUGAUCCCCUGAACUGA